CUGAGAGUGUCAUUAAUGAAAAUGUUGUUCUUGGACUGAUUUAGAGCAGUAGACGAACGCGUUACAGCGAAAUCUUGAAUCGAGCUUUUUUUUUAUUGCUUAAUAGGGAGCUGCUGUGUGUGCAUGCUUCGCCGAUUCUUCAUUCAUUGGUGAAAUACCACUUGAAGAUGUUAGAUUUUUUUUUUCUUUUGAAGAUGUUUCCAUGGUUGAGUAUUUAUUCAAAUCAAAUAUGAGAUGUGAGCAGCUGCAGCUGUCUCUGCUUCACUGUCUUCAUUUAAAACAUGUGGUAGCAGUUGGACAUCACUGCAUGGUGCCUGUCAGGGAGGAAAAAAUAGCUUCUACAAAUAUAUAUUUUUUGUGGUUUUUACUUUCACACGUCCCAAACACUCUCCCCUUCGCUCUCCACCUCAAACUCCUCUCCUUGAAGUGCAGGGAGGAGGUCCCCUCUAUGUGAGAGCCACCCAUGGAGCUCUGUGCUGAGGGGAAGUGGUACUACAUCAUAAACUAAACAAAACCAGGAACAUCUGCAGUGUUUAUUCAAGCAGAGUUCAAGGACAAACUUAAGUUAAACGAUGAGAGGCGCGGAUCGUCACUCACCGCCCGGUGGUGCACCUCAACUAAAAGAAAAGCAGUUUCACAUCAACUUUUCUAAUGCCAUCGUUUUGUAACGCAGUUACUCUGAAACUGCCUCCUUCUCCUAGAAUGGGUUUUGACAAGUGCAAACGUGUCAUCAGAUGGGGCAACGUGAUGCAGAAUUGCGAAAGGAGGUUUUUCGCCAGAGGUGACUGAGUUUGCUACUCAGGCGAUACCAUGUCCAAGGGAAGCUGCUUCUGUGUGCUGUAGCUGUUUGGAACGACCGGAGUUGGAUCUUGCCUCAAAGAGGAAGAAGGGAAAGCAAAAGAGAAACAGUGUUGAGAGGAGGGACGACAUCUGCUCUGAGAGGAUAAGAUCAGCCGGCCAUCUGGAUCCGAGCGAGGAACCUAUCAGACAUUUCUCUUUAGAAAGGGAAAGAAUUUGAACUCUGAACUCUGAGCGCUCCCUCACGCAGAGCUUUUAAGAGCUGUUUUAUUUUUUAAUUUUUUUUUAUCAUCUUUAUCACUGCUUUUUAUGUCACAGAGCUGACACCAUGUGCCAUGUCAUUGUAACGUGCCGCUCCAUGCUCUGGACCCUGCUCAGUAUCGUCGUGGCCUUUGCCGAGCUCAUCGCGUUCAUGAGCUCUGACUGGUUGCUGGGAUACCCCCGGUCGGACUCCAUUGAGAGCGAGGUGAGAAUGGACUCCAGGGAGUACCGGCCGUCUCUCGGCCUCUACAGCCGCUGCCUCCGCGUCGGGUCCCGGGAUGCAGACGUGAGAUGCGGGCCCUAUGCCGAGACGUUCGGAGAGGUUGCCAGCGGCUUCUGGCAGGGUGCCAUGUUGUUUCUGGCAGCGGGGACAUUAGUGCUUGGGUGUGUGGCCUGCAUCUCCAUCUUCAGCCUGUGUUUUCAGAGCAUCUUGAAGAAGAGCAUAUUCAACGUCUGCGGACUGCUGCAGGGCAUUGGAGGCCUGCUGCUGAUGGUGGGCCUCAUGCUGUACCCCGCCGGCUGGGGUUCAGAGAAGGUGAUCAAAUACUGCGGCGUCGAGGCCUCGCCCUUCAGACCGGCGCAGUGUUCGCUGGGCUGGGCGUUCUACGCGGCGAUAGGGGGAACGCUGGCGACCUUCAUGUGUGCCGUUUUGUCUGCGCAGGCGGAGAUCGCCACCUCCAGCGAUAAAGUUCAGGAGGAGAUUGAGGAGGGGAAGAGCCUGAUCUGCCUGCUCUGAGCCGCCAGACAUCUUCGGGAAACUCCAAGACCUCAUUCCCCUUGACCUACUUUCUCUCACGUGGACACCUGAGGAUUUCUCUGAGGGGUUUUCCUCAUGAUGGCCCUGAUAAAAUCAGCCAGUGCUGAAAACAUACAAGCUGGAAAAUACCUGUUGAUACCAAGACAAAUGAUGAUACACAUUUUUUACUUUGACAACUUCAGGUUAAAUCAGCUAACAUCCUCUUGUACAGAAGUAGACAAUUGAACGUCACUUUUUUUUUUUUAAACAAGAUUUAUUUUUCUACUCAAUGUUGCCUUAAACAAACCACUUUACUUGUAUAGCAGACGACUAGUUUGAGAAGCUGUAGUGGAAAUGUCAUUAGCGUUGUUAUGGUCAGGUUAAAGACUUCCAGUAAGACGGUGUUUAGAUUUUUCGUCAGUAUAGUGUUCAUUCACACGGUUCACCUGCAAAUCUCAACAAACCACAGAGCGCCAGAACAGUGCGUCUGCUAAAACACACACACAACAACGGCUCACAUAUGCUCUGAGCGUGUUGGAAUGUGCGUCACAGACAUUAACCCCUGGCUUUCCUUAAACGUCCGCGCGCUCGGAUUCAGCAGCACUUCAGAUGGGCCUCGGAUCCAAAGGGAUUGCUCACUUCACUUCAAAGGGAGCUCCUCUUGUUAGGCUGAUUGUUUGUGGGCCCAAGUGUGCGCAGAAAAAACACUGAGACCUGCCAGAUGUUUCGCUGGUGAGGAGAUGUUUGCUCACAGUGAGAUAAAGCAGGUUGCGUCAACGCAAAAUACCCUGUGACGUGCAGAGAACCAUUUGGACAAGAUGUGGUUUAAGAAAAAAGAAAAGAAAAAAUAAAGUUGCAGAAUAUUAAAGAAGCUCAUCGUAGUAGCUUCCGUUCCCAAAUAACGCCUGAUAAUUUGCACACGCGCCUCAGUUCAUUGUCUUUCUCACUGCUGCAUAUUUUAUACAUGUUUUCUGUUUCUUAUUUUCUUUCCUCCAUGCUCCGUACGUCACUGUAAAUGUUUAAGCGAUGCCGUGCUUUUUUUUAUUCGUUGUAGGUGAGAUGUGCAAUAAUAAUUCCACUAUAGUGUUUGUUUGCUGUGAGAGCGAGGCCAAAAGUGAAAGCGUGAUAUGGAUUUGCAUCCAAAAGCGUCAUCUAGUCUGUGUCCGUGCUUAAAUUAAAUGUUUUGGCUUUGUCUGCUGUUUUUGUUACAUUAACAAAAGAGUAAUGACACCUUGAUGUGUGUGAGGAGAGAAUGUGUACUUAAAUAAAGCAGGCGUUGUUUAGUAAAUGUGA